UUUGCAUCCUUGACAGCUAGGGAGAAAAAAAAAAAGGUUGAGGAUGGGGUGAAGAGGGCGGGACGUCGGUUUGGGCGGGUGAAAGAUGUUUGUGGAUGGGCGUACAUGCGGGGCACCCUUUCGCAAAUGCCGGUGAAUAAUAAAGAAAUGAGAUCGCUUUGGUUACCGUUGCGUUGUCACCGAAACAAACAAACCUUGCACGAAGUAUAUGAUCUGAAUAAUGGAAGGGAUUGUUGUAUAUUUACCGUUGUUUGUCAAUGUUUGGAAGCAGCUGACCAUCUGAAGAAAUGGAAAACCACCCCAACCAAACCGCCAGAAAAUCUCAUCAUCGAGUUUCCUCCCAAAUUUGACCUCCAUGAACUCGGCGCAAAGGUUCGAACCGCUCAGGGAAAAAACACGAGGAAACCACCAAACGCAUUUAUUCUAUUCAGGAAGAAGUAUCUCGACGCACUGCAUCGCCUCGGACAAAGAAUUCCCAUGAAGAAUGUUUCGGGUUGGGCCCGCGAUGCUUGGAACCUCUUGCCUCAACAUCAAAAGCAAGCUUACGAAGAUAUCGCCACGAAAGCCGCCUCCCUAUAUCAAGAAUGGGCUCCCCACACCCCUAGUCGUCGCACCCCUCUAAAUCGUCAAACCAAAAAGCGUGAUCGGCAGAAGAAAUCAACCGCAGAUGAAGUUGAAUCACCGACCUUGUUUCCACCACAGGAGCCCAUCAUUGAUGGUACAUUUUAUCCAGAAUUAGUUUACUUUAACGAUCAAUUCAAUUUUAACCUUUAUAACCUUGAUUGGUUCAAUUGCAUCACCCCCGAAAUUGAUCAUACAGCUGAAAUUUACACUUACGAACCAGUCGUCAAUUUUUGUCUCUGGGCGGAGUCAUAA